AUGGCCCCAGUCGCCUUCGCAAAAGUCCCCAAUCCCGCCGGCGGCCUCUGCACGCCUAGCCGCAGACCUCUUUUUUCAUCACGAGUACCACCUGAGCAGCGGAGCCGCGGACAGCCGGACACCAUCACAUCAAACCUCCACCGCCGUCAAUAUAAGCGACAGUUGAAACCGCCAGCCGUUCCUACCCACCCUCCUCCCCGCCCCCGGUCCGCCCCCCACCUCAAUUCCACACCCCCCGGCGAGGCCGCGGGGCGCCCGCGCCCAAACACCAAAACCCUAGCUCCCCACCCACCCACCAACCUCCAAGCACCGGAGGCCGCCGCGCGCUCGCCCACGGUCGCCACGGAUGCGCGCGACCCGCUCGCGGACCUCGACGACGCCCCGCUCGCGCGCCGCUGCUGUUCCGCCAUGGAUGAGCCCGAGAAAGUGAGGGGCAGGGAGGAUGCGGCGUCGGGCCACGAGGCUGGCGGCGCCGAGGAGGCCGGGGAUGGGUUCCAGCUCGUGAUCCAUGGCAAGAAGAAGAAGAGGGCGGCCAGCGGCCAGGACUGCGGGACUGCUGGCUCUGGCUUUGGCGCCGGGCCAGUGCGGGCGUUGACCAGGGAGAAGGGAGCCGCGCCGGUGCCGGGGGCCAAGGUGCCUUUCCACGAUCCAAGCAUUCCCCGGCCGCAGGACGUGUACAAAAUCAGAGUGGAUAACUACAAGCCAUUCGAGCAUGUCUGGCUGGAGCGCAGCGAAGACGGCACCCGACAUGUUCACCCGCUGGAAAACCUACCUGUUGAACAGUUCGUUGACAGAAAUGUUCCUGACAGAGAACCAGUGAAGCCAGCUGAUUUAGAGGAUACACCAUUUACGCUGGUUCAAGAUCACAAAGGCUUAACAGAAUUAGCUAAGAAGUUGAAGAGCGUAACUGAAUUUGCUGUAGAUCUGGAGCAUAAUCAAUAUAGGUCAUUUCAGGGCUUCACCUGCUUGAUGCAGAUUUCAACAAGAACAGAAGACUUUAUUGUGGACACUCUUAAGCUACGCCUAUACAUUGGUCUCUAUUUGCAAGAGCCUUUCAAAGAUCCAACAAAGAGAAAGGUAAUGCAUGGUGCGGAUCGUGAUAUAAUGUGGCUCCAGCGGGACUUCCACAUCUAUGUGUGCAAUCUUUUUGACACAGGACAAGCUUCAAGGGUCUUACAGAUGGAGAGAAACAGCCUUGAGCACCUAUUGCUUCAUUUUUGUGGAGUAACAGCAAAGAAGGAGUAUCAAAAUGCAGACUGGAGGUCGAGACCACUUCCUGAUGAAAUGAUCAAGUAUGCUAGAGAAGAUACACACUAUCUGCUGUACAUAUAUGACUUAAUGAGACAGGCCCUAUUCUGAAUUUCUUUUUUGUUG